AUGACUGAUGAAAAGAGUGAAAGAGACCUUUGUACAUACUUACUGUUGAAGAUCCUAUCAGAUAACGCCAGCAGGAUGUCAAACCACAUAACCAAACCAGUAGACAAUAAUGCAGAGGAGAUAAUGAUUGAGCUUCAUUGUGAUUUGCAUCUGCAGUUUUUUGUUUGUAGCUUUAGGAUUGAUAUUUGGAAAUUCUACUUCACAAAAACAGUGAUCGAUACGUGGAAUAAAUUUCCAGAUAAGUUCCGUUAUAAAGCAGAAUUUGUGAUAAAGAUGAAAGCAGAGCAAGAAACGACAGGCUUCGACAUACAGCACAGAUGUUUCAUCUACUCAGCCUGUGUCUUCACAGCCCUGUUGUCGGUUUAUGUGGCAGCAGUUGCUUUGCACCAUGUCCUUGCGCUGAAAGCAGAGAUCUCAUCUAUGAGAGAGGAGCUAGAGGCAUACAAAUUCCAACUAGAUCAGUUGGAAUCCUUGGCAAAAGGAGCAAACUGGAGCAGCUCAGGAAAUCAGGUUAGUGAGUUUCUUGAGGAAAAGCUCCACAGCCAGGAGAAAUUCGGAGAUGGAGAAGUGAAAUUUAGGGGGAGCAGAUCACUUCCUGAACCAGUUCAACAAUCCUUUGUGCAACUGAUUGCAACAAAUGACCAAAGGCCAGUUGCAAGAGCAAGUAAUUGUCAGAAAUGUGUGCCAGGAAGGUAUCAACAAACCUGCCGGGUUGAACGGAGACCCGUUUCAAGUCAGAACCAAGCGGAGGAGACAACUGUCCCGUGGAUUCUUAGCUUGAGAAAAGGAACUGCUCUUGACAAAACAGAUAAUAAGAUCUCUGUGAGAGAAACUGGUUACUUUCUGGUUUACAGUCAAGUGUGGUAUAAGGAUAAUACUUUUACAAUGGGGCAUUUUAUCAAAAGAAUAAAGGCCAGCAUUGUUGGCAGUGAGCCGCAAACCACAAUCCUAUUUCGGUGCAUCCAAAACAUGCCUGCCUGCUGUCCAAAUAAUUCCUGCUACACCGCUGGCAUUGCAAAGCUUGAGGUGGGCGAUGAGCUUGAACUUGUAAUCCCACGAAGUCAAGCACACGUUGCGUUAAAUGGAGAUGGGACGUUCUUUGGAGCGAUGAAACUGCCAUAA